UCGGCAUGCCUGCUAAUAUCUCUCUCACAUCCCCUACAAGAUAUUUCUCCUGCAGCGAGCCGGACGCGUGCGUAUAUCAUCUCUGCCUCCUUCAUGCACACUGGCAUUGUGCCGUUUCUUCUCGUCAAUAACAGCUAUGGCCACUGUCACCACUUCUCCGGCCACUCUCCAGCCAUGUAAGCACGCGAGCCGCGGCUUGAUGCGGUUUCCUUCUUUUCCAAGGAGAAGGAGUUACGGUCUGGUGACAACGAAAGCCACGGCGUACUCCCGUGGCCAGCCUGCGGUGAAGGGCAGCCGGGUUGAGGCGCCCGUCGGUGUCUCGGCGGCAGGUGAGGAGGGCGACAGGAUCCGGAGGCUGCAGAACGGGCCCGACGUGCGGGGCGUUGCGCUGGAAGGCGAGAAGGGUCGGGCCGUGGACCUCACGCCGCUGGCAGUGGAGGUGAUCGCCGAGAGCUUCGGGGAGUGGCUAGGGGAGGAGCUCCGGCGGGAGGGCGAGGAGCUGCGUGUGUCCGUCGGCCGGGACCCGCGGCUGUCGGGGGCGCGGCUCAGCGCGGCGCUCUUCGCGGGGCUCGCGAGGGCGGGGUGCUCCGUGUUCGACAUGGGGCUCGCCACCACGCCGGCCUGCUUCAUGAGCACCAUAUUACCUCGGUUCAGCUACGACGCGUCUAUCAUGAUGACUGCGUCACAUCUCCCCUACACCCGCAACGGCCUCAAGUUCUUCACCAAGCGCGGCGGGCUGACCUCCAGCGAUGUGGAGAAAAUCUGCGACCGCGCAGCGCAGAAGUAUGUGGCGAGGAAGAUGGGCCUCGGCGGCAGAGGGGGCACGCGGUCGGUGGUGAUGCGCGUCGACCUCAUGAGCGCCUACGCACAGCACCUCCGCGACAUCAUCAAGCAACGUGUCGCGCACCCUACGCACUACGACACCCCGCUCAAGGGUUUCAAAGUUGUCGUCAACGCCGGCAACGGAUGCGGCGGCUUUUUCACGUGGGACGUCCUGGAGAAGCUGGGCGCCGACACGAUGGGCAGCCUCCACCUGGAGCCCGACGGCACGUUCCCGAACCACAUGCCCAACCCGGAGGACGCGACCGCCAUGUCACUCACCCGCAGCGCCGUCCUGGCCCAGGGCGCUGACCUGGGCGUCGUCUUCGAUACCGACGUGGACCGCAGCGGCGUGGUGGACGACACAGGCGCGGCCAUCAACGGCGACCGGCUCAUCGCGCUCAUGUCGGCCAUCGUGCUGGACGAGCACCCGGGCACAACGAUCGUCACCGACGCGCGCGCCAGCGACGGGCUCACGCGGUUCAUUGCCUCCAGGGGCGGCCACCACUGCCUCUACCGCGUCGGUUACCGCAACGUCAUCGACAAGGGCGUGCAGCUCAACGCCGACGGCGUCGAGACCCACCUAAUGAUGGAGACCACCGGCCAUGGCGCGCUCAAGGAGAACUACUUUCUCGACGAUGGCGCAUACAUGGUGGUGAAGAUCAUCAUCGAGAUGGUCCGGAUGAAACUGGCAGGAUUAGAGGGAGGGGUAGGGAGCCUCAUUAUGGAUCUCGAGGAGCCCGCUGAGUCCGAGCUGUUGAGGAUGAACAUCUUGGGUGAACCCAAGCAUGCAAAACAAAGGGGUACACAAGCAGUUGAGACUUUCAAGAAAUACAUCCAGGAGGGGAAACUUUCCGGUUGGGUGCUCGAUGAUUGUGGGGAUUGCUCAGUUGGCGAGGGAUGCCUGGUGGACACAAAUGAUCAUCCUAUCGAUGUUGAUGCAUACAUGUACAGAGCAAAACUUUAUGACGAGAAUAACAGACCACUGGGCUUGGUUCACAUUCGUCAAAGUGUUCAUAAUCCCAAUAUAGCGUUGAACAUGCAAUCCUAUGUUCCUAGUGGUUGCAAAUCCAUGGCAAGGGAUAUUCUUGACAGGUACUUAAUUCUCACCAGAUCCUAAGGUAGUAAGGUUCACUUGGUUUUUACAUACCAUGCAAUCAUAUAUAUAUAUAUAUAUAUUUUAAUAAUUCCAGGUUUUUGGUGGCUAGUGGAGUAAAUGAGUUUGUUGACAUCAGUGAAGUAGAGAAAUUUGUAAACUAGAGCUUAUAUUUAUUAUCAUUAGAUUUGUACACUCUGUAUAUACAUAUCGGUUAAGAUCCUAGGUGGCAAGAAAGAGUUCACUACCGUUGGGAGAGUAUAGUGAUUACAUAUUCCCGCAUCCCUUCAAGUAUCUAGUGACGUACAUAGCAAUACUGUCGAUUCUGUUAUAUAAAUGAUCGCAGCAAUUUCAGCAAA